AUCAGUUUCAUGACGUCGAAUGUUUUCAACGUGUUGAGGUUAAAUAAGUGAAAUAAUGCAGAACGCCGUCAUUCUGCUCAAACCAGGAGAAAGGAAAGACACUAGAAAAAAAACAGGUCGAGAUGAUGUUAGCCGGUAUUAUAUUGAUUUUCCUCGUGAUAUCAACUUCCUUGUCACACGACACUAUCCUGAACGUGACACUACCAGAAAAUGACUGCUGUAUUAUAUCCUUUGAACCGAUCCAUGGUGGUACUGUAGCCAACUGCACAUACCAGGGCCUGACAAAGGUACCAGCAUGCCUACCAGGGAACACCACAACCCUCUUGCUGAGUCACAACAGAAUCGUUGAACUACCAAACCGAGCCUUUCAACAUGUGUCUGUUUUGAAGGGGCUGGAUCUUUCAUUCAAUGGCUUAAAGUAUAUCAGUGCAGGUUCCUUCUAUGGGUUAUCUCAGCUUGAAAUUCUCAAUCUUCAAUCAAAUCGUUUACGUUACGACAAUAACACCUUUACACCAGCCCUCUUUGAUCCUCUAACUAGCUUAUUGAAGCUCAGCAUUAAUCACAACAGCAACAAUUCCCCAUACCCUGACGCCAGUUUGUCCAGGUUAACUACACUCGUGUCGUUACACAUGGAUGGUUCUCACUAUGAUUUUGGUCAGGGAUUUCGGCAACUUAAGAAUCUCACUAACCUAACACUUUCUGGUAGCAACAGGGGAUUCUGUAAUAUCCAGAUCCUUCGGAAUACUACUUUCUCUAACGUUCCCUUCCUGAAAUAUGUUAACAUAUCCAGUUGUAAUAUAUCUGACACUGAACCUCUGACUUUCCGUCCACUAAAAGGACUUCAUACUGUUGAUGUGUCACACAACCCGAGAUUGGGAUUUGAAAACUUUUCUAAAGCUUCUUUUGGUCUUGGAGGCUCAGCAAUAAAUGUACUGAAACUCAAUUACGUAUAUCCACCCUUGGGAUGUCACAAAGUGAGUACACGUGACUUUCAAUACCUCAAUACCACAAAUCUAGAAGAAUUAUAUGUGGAUGGUAAUGACAUCACACAUUUUGACGUUGGAUCAAUUUCAUCCUUGCCCAAAACACUGAAAUUUAUCUCGGCCAAAGAAAACAGAUUCGCUUAUGGUCGCUAUCUUCUCGAAUUGGAUGAAUUGAAAUCCCUGGAGAAAAUAGACCUCUCAUUUAUGAACCUUUGGCCUCCUUUACAGGAUAACUCCCUGUCGGUCCCCGUACCACUGCCACCCAAGUUACACACUAUCGUAGCAGAUAAUUGCUUUGUCACAGGACAAUGGGGAAAUAUACGCCUAGCAAAAAACACUUUAAAACGAGUCGUUAUGAGAUAUGAUCUGUUGAUAUUUUUAACAAUUCAUAUUGACGGAAUAACGAGUCUUGAGUACAUAGACCUUUCACACAACAUUUUAAGUAAAUUAGCCUCUAACGUUAUCACAGAGAACAACUCAAUUACACAUUUAAAUUUUUCGAACAAUUUUCUCAGCCAGACAAUCCAGAGUGACAACGAUGGAAAUACAUUUCAUCAUCUCCAUCGUGUGAAACAGUUUGACAUAUCAAAAAAUGUGAUCACAUCCCUACCAAGAAAUAUUUUUAGGGGUUUAAAGAGGGCUGAAAUCUUACAAAUCCGAGGUAACUUUUUGCAACAAUUUGAAGCUACACUGAAACCAAUGCCAUUUCUUUCUUAUCUUGAUCUUUCAAAUAACAAGCUACAGAGAUUGUCGAAGGAUACCUUAAAAGAGCUUGAUAUGCUUCCAAAUGUGACAGUAAAUCUCCAAGGAAACCCGAUUCAGUGUUCUUGUCAGGGACUGGGCUUUCUUAGAUGGAUGAAACGUAACCUAUACAAGCUUAGCAAUCUGUCUCAAAUGACCUGCCAGUAUGAUAACGCUUCUAGUAUCUCAAUGUCAAAGCUUCAUCAGAUUGUGGAGGAACUUGAAUCUGAAUGCAAACAUGCUAAUGCUGCUCUGGGAGUUGUCACUGCAUCCUCUUGCAUAUGUAUUGUUUUGAUCAUUUGCGUCGCCCUAGGUUAUCGUCAUCGCUGGAGUAUCAGGUACAUGUACCACGUAGGUAGAAGACGGUUCUGGAGAAACCGUCAAGUGAUGGAAGAUACCCAAUACCAAUACGACGUCUUUGUCUCCUAUGCUGAAUUUGACAGACACAUUGUCAUCCAGGAAAUGAUUCCUGAACUUGAAACCAAGGCAGGACUUCGAAUGUGCAUCCACCAACGUGACUUCUUGCCAGGUCAGGCUAUUGCUUCCAACAUAGUCAACGCCAUCGAGAACAGUAGGAAAACCUUGAUUGUUCUCUCUCCUGCCUUCCUGACAAGUGACUGGUGCGUCUUUGAGUAUCAAAUUGCCUUACAGUCAAGAGUGACCCGUAGACAGGACAAUCUGUUAGUUCUGAUGUAUGAGCAUGUUCCCGUGAAAGAUCUGCCGAAGGAAAUGGCUGUACUUCUUUCAAACAACUCCUACAUAGAAUAUAAUACAGAUGUGUAUGGAAGAGAUGCGUUUUGGCAGAGUCUGGUUGAAUCUCUUAAAACAGCUCAGCCAUUGGAAUAAAAACUGAAACGUAGCCCUUAAGCGUUCAUUUAGAACAGACAUGGGUAUAGACGUUUGUGUUGCGAAAAUCUCUUGCCUUUAGUGUGUAUCUCAUUAGAAUAUUAAACUGAAAUACCCAUAUGGUCAGAUUACAUACGUUUAUAUACAGAUACCGAUGAAUCUUUCCCAGUAACUGCACACAAGCUGUCAUCACUUUGCUUUUCCCUUUGAUUGCCAUCACCUCUCAGACCUGCAUCACCAAACACCGACCUCACUCACCUCAAAGUUUACAUAAUGAAUCAAUUUAUCUUAUUAUUCAGACAAACAUCACGGUUUUUGUACUAUACACUGGGCCACAAUAUUAUUAUUAUCUCAAACGUGUAGUGCCAUUAAAUUUGUGUUCGUGUUUUGCUUUGUUAUUUGUUUAAUCGUAAUCGUCUAUUCGAUUUCCUAAAUAAAUGUCCUUUCUGUGA